UUGUUUAUUCCGGAAGAAGUGCGUCAUGGCUAACAUGCUGUAGCUUUCGUGUUUUCCUGUUAAACCACAUUACACGUGAAGUGUUUUUAAACGUAUUAGGUGUUUUAUCCGUUUGUGGAUAAAGGAAAAUUUCAAGAAUGGGAGUCCCAGCAUUUUUUCGUUGGCUAAGCCGAAAGUACCCGUCUAUAAUUGUGCAUUGUGUUGAAGAGAAGGGGAAAGAGUGUAAUGGAGUUCGUAUUCCUGUCGACACCACAAAACCAAACCCCAACGAGGUGGAAUUUGACAACUUGUACUUGGACAUGAAUGGGAUCAUUCAUCCUUGCACACAUCCUGAAGACAAACCUGCUCCCAAAAAUGAAGAUGAAAUGAUGGUCGCUAUCUUUGAGUACAUCGAUCGCCUGUUCAAUAUAGUGCGCCCCAGAAGAGUCCUAUACAUGGCAAUCGAUGGAGUAGCUCCACGUGCCAAAAUGAACCAGCAACGCUCUCGGCGGUUUCGCGCCUCCAAAGAGGGAGUUGAGCUUGUAGACGAGAAGCAGCGCAUGAGAGAAGAGAUCAUUCAGAGAGGAGGUUAUCUUCCACCUGAAGAAAUCAAAGAGAGGUUUGACAGCAACUGCAUCACUCCAGGAACAGAGUUCAUGGACAACCUGGCCCACUGUCUUCGAUACUAUGUAGCUGAAAGGCUCAGCAAUGAUCCUGGAUGGAAGAAUGUUGUUGUCUUCUUGUCUGAUGCCAGCGUUCCAGGAGAAGGAGAACACAAGAUUAUGGAUUUUAUCCGGAGACAGAGAGCUCAACCUAAUCAUGACCCAAACACGCAUCACUGCCUUUGUGGAGCUGACGCUGACCUGAUCAUGUUGGGCUUGGCCACUCAUGAACCAAACUUUACUAUAAUCAGAGAGGAGUUUAAACCCAACAAACCACGCCCCUGCUCUCUCUGUGGACAGACGGGUCAUGAGAUGAAGGACUGUCAAGGUGUGGCAAGAGAGAAGCAAGGACAGCAUGAUGAGUUUGCCGACACAAUGCCGGUGUCAGAGCAGGAGUUCAUAUUUAUCAGAUUAUGUGUUCUGAGGGAGUAUUUGGAAAGAGAGCUUACCAUGGCCAGUCUGCCAUUUCCCUUUGACUUUGAGCGCAGUGUUGACGACUGGGUCUUCAUGUGUUUCUUUGUUGGGAACGACUUCUUACCACAUCUGCCAUCCUUAGAAAUCAGAGAGGGAGCAAUAGAUCGUCUGGUCAACAUUUACAAAGAUGUUGUUCACAAAACUGGAGGCUACUUAACCCAAAAUGGCUAUGUCAACUUGGAGCGAGUCGAGAUGAUCAUGCAGGCUGUGGGCGUGGCUGAGGACAACAUCUUUAAGAAACGCAAAGAGGAUGAGGAGAACUUCAGAAGGAGAAACAAAGAAAAACGAAAAAGGAUGAAAGUGGAGCAGCAGGGUCCUGCUUACCUGACCACUGGGCAGUUUGCCCCUCAAGCCUUGGGAAGAAGAGAUGUUCCUGAACCCAUCCAGAACGCUCGACACCAGGCGUACGACAUGAGGAUGAACCCCAGAGAGCAAAACAACAAGAAUGCAGCUCAGUCUCUGAAAGCCAUGUUGAGGAACGAGGGCAGUUCGUCUUCUGGUGCCAAUGAAAGCCAAGAUCGCAGAGCACCCAAGAGGAAAGCUGAGGACAGCGACAGCGACCCUGAGCCUGAAGACAAUGUCAGGUUGUGGGAGGAUGGCUGGAAGCAGAGAUACUACAAGAACAAGUUUGAUGUGGAUGUGACAGACAGUGACUUCAGGAAGAAGGUGGUUCAGUCGUAUGUGGAGGGCCUCUGCUGGGUGCUGCGAUAUUACUAUCAGGGCUGUGCAUCCUGGAAGUGGUACUUCCCAUUCCACUACGCUCCGUUUGCCUCUGACUUCAAAGACAUCAAAGAAAUGUUCACGGAAUUUGAGAAGGACACCAUGCCGUUCAAACCUCUGGAGCAGCUAAUGAGUGUGUUUCCUGCUGCCAGUGGGAACUUCCUGCCACCAACGUGGAGAAACCUCAUGGUCAGCCCGGAGUCUUCCAUCAUUGAUUUUUACCCUGACGAUUUUGCCAUUGACCUCAAUGGUAAAAAAUACGCUUGGCAAGGUGUUGCUUUGCUGCCUUUUGUGGAUGAACGGCGUUUGAGAGCUGCUCUGGCAGAAGUCUACCCUGACCUCACGCCUGAGGAAGCGAGGAGAAACAGUCUGGGCAGCGAUGUGUUGUUUGUUGGAAAGAGUCACCCGCUGUAUGACUUCAUCCAUGAACUCUACCGGGAUGAAUGUAACAAGGGCACAGUGGUUCCACCAGAGCUGUGCUUUGGAAUCCAAGGGUUAUUAAAUCUUGAUAACAACCCUGUUCUACCAGACAAGCCAGUGAAGUCCCCUAUCCCUACAUUGCGGGACAUUUCACAAAGUACUGCAGUCAGUGUGAAGUUCAAGGACCCUGAAUUUGCAGUUGGAUAUGUGUUCAAAGCAGUUCUACUCCCUGGAGCCAAGAUUCCCACUAAAGUCUUGAAGCCAGGAGACUGGGAAAGGGGGAACAGGGGACCAUGGAGACCCCAGCUGGGAUUCAACCCCAACAGACAACAGGCUCACCUGGACCAGUCUGGCUUCAGAGCUCUUGGUCACAGUCUGAACAGGAACCAACAAGGUGGAGGACAGUACAGCAACACUCCACCCCCAGGCACCUACCACCAAGGAAGCUACCGUCCACAGCACGCCGGUGGCCACCGUGGAUUUCAACAUUCCAGACCAAAUCCUCAGUUGGGAGCAUCACAACCUUACCAACAGCCGCAGUUUUCAAGGCAUCAACAACAGCCGCCGCAGUACUCGGGCGGCGGACACGGAUGGAAUCGGGUCGUGCAGUCCCAGCCGUCGGCGUACCAGCAGAACGCCAACCGCGAUCGGGGAGGGCCGAGGCAUGCCGGCUACCAGCAGCCCCACGAUCACUGGCAAGACCGCCAGGACGAUCGAAGGGGCAACCGAGGGCAACCGCAACAGGGGUACGGCUCCAGCAGAAGCUAUCCUCCUCCUCCACCAUCCAGACGCUGGAACUGAAAUGGGACAAAUAUAUUUUAGGGGGAUUGAAACUUCUUUUGUUAGAAAAAUGUGUCCUUUUUUCACUGUCUUAAUGUACAGUGUUUUUUUUCUCAUUCUUUUCUCAACUUUAAGGAAAAGAAUUAAUUUGUCAUUUUUAUUAUCAACAACUUGUUUAGCUUGUAAAAUGCAAGUGAGUCAUGUACAAAGUGCCCCACUGUUUUCGCUUUUGAGAGAAAUUCCUCCAAGCAGUUCAUGUUUAAGAAAAAAAAACUUGGAAUAAAAUAAUUGUUGGAA